CUAGGCGAAUUCGGCUUGUACCAAAGAUUCCUUUUCGUCAUGCUCAUGGUGUUCUGCUUCUUCCUCACCUUCGUCUAUUUCACACAAUUGUUCCUCAUCGUCGUUCCGGACGAGUUUUGGUGCGAGAUACCAACAGUAGAGGGCUUCACCUCCGAGGAAUUAAGGGACUAUAUGAUACCAACCUCGAAUUUGGUACCUUACGAGGGACACGAUUUACCUUAUUCUCGAUGCUGGAUAUACGAUAUACCCGUGAAAAUAGCGAUAGAGGCAAAAGAGCCCGAUCCAAAAUGGCCGAUGAAGAAAUGCCACGAAUGGUACUUCAAAACGAGCCCAUUCGACGUGCCUUACAUUUCUGUCGCCUCCGAAUUUGGAUGGGUUUGCGACGACGCGUACAAAGUGUCGCUUGCGCAGAGUAUAUUUUUCGGCGGUUCCAUCCUUGGAGGUUUGAUAUUCGGCUGGCUUGGCGACAAAUACGGAAGGAUUCCUGCCGUUGUUGUGUCCAAUCUGUUGGGAUUCAUCGGCGGCCUCGCCACCAUAUACAUCCACACGUUCUGGCAAUUCUGCGUGUGCAGGUUCAUCGUCGGCGUGUCCUUCGACAGCACCUUCGUGUUCGCUUACAUAUUAGUCCUGGAAUACGUGGGCCCUGGUUGGCGCACGUUCGUCGCCCACGUCUCUUUCGGCUUGUUUUACACGUUCGGCGCGAUAUGCAUGCCGUGGAUGGCCUAUUUCAUAGCUAAUUGGAGAACGUUCGCUCUAGUGACGACCAUACCCCUCGUCUUCGUCCUGAUAGCCCCAUUAUUCAUUCCUGAGAGCGUCAGGUGGUUGAUCGGAAUGAAGAAAAUGCGAAGGGCGUUGAAAAUUAUUUCGUUGAUCGAGAAAAUAAAUCGCAACAAGAUACCCGAAAGCGUGUUCGAGGAAUUCAAGGAGGAGUGCGAGAAAGCUGUGAUCAUCUUGGCCGAGGACGAGAUGUACACGUUGAUCGAUCUAUUUAAGACGAGGCGUUUGAGAAGAACCACUAUUCUGCUGACAACAGUGUGGGGCAUAAUCCAAAUGUGUUACGACGGGCAUAUAAGGUGCCUGGACGCCCUCGGUUUGGACGUGUUCAGCACGUUCACGAUCGCCUCCAUCACCGAAUUCCCGGCUGAGAUGUUGGUCGUUUCCACCCUGGACACGUUCGGCCGAAGGUGGACGUUGUUCACGGCCGUCACCGUCUCUGCCCUGUUCAGCACGUUCGCCGCCCUUGUGCCCACGGUUGGCAUAGCUUUCGCCUCGUUCGCCAUCUGCAGCCGCCUGUUCAUCAACGUUGCGUCCGACAUCGCGCUUCAAUACGCGGCCGAACUCCUGCCAACCGUUGUCCGGGGCGAGGGAGUGGCGUUUAUACACGUGAUGGGAUACGUCACCUCGAUAUUCAGCCCCUACAUCGCCUUCUCCGCCAGGAUAACGUACAACAUGCCCAUGAUCAUACUCGCCAUAUCGUGCUACUUCGGCGGGGCGAUGUGCCUGUUCCUACCGGAGACCUUGAUGGAACAAUUGCCCCAAUCGUUGGUGGAUGGAGAGUUGUUCGGGAUCGAUCAAGUUUUUUGGGAGACGCCAUUGACGAGGAAGAAACCUUUGGAACCGGUAGGACUCCAUAUGCACGCGAAACGUCCAACCAGACGACCAGAUCUGCUGCGAAGCAGUAUGGUUUCCGGUUUCAGGGGCAUGGAGAGACGACACACUAAAAUACUAGAGAAAGUGGGCGAAGUGAGAGUCACUCGGCAAAAUCAGUAAAAACGAUAAAGAAGUUUAGUUUUAACAUUGUGAGAAACACAUUUU